GAAUAAACCCCCUUUAGUGGGAAAGAGCAAUCGUUUCAAGGGUUAACACUAAGAAAUUCGUUUUUACGAAUCCCGAAGAUGCGCAAUAUUAGACGUAUGCGCUACUAAUCCUCGUGUAGUAUGAGUUGUUGACUACAUUUUUGUUUCCAUCAGCUGUAUAUUAUAUAUACAUUGAUUUGCCUAAUUGCAAUUUAUAUUUGUAUUUGAUAUGGUAGAUGCUUUGAUAUCUUUAUGACCGUGAUAAUCUCUAACAUAAUAUGGAAGCAACAGUUGUUACUCCAAUAAAUGCAUCUUCCUUUUCGCGUCAUUUUUCUAUACCUUAUGAACAAGUAAAAGAUCAACGAUGUCCGGAAGUAACUAUUGCUGUAAAUCCGCAUAUAGGAUGGUAUAAAUCAAGUGCUGACCGUAAAAUGUUUCCGUUUCUCAGUACAAAGAAUCCAAUCGAACCAGAUAUCAAAGCAGAGGAUUGUAUUUUAUACAAGAUGGUAACAAAUUAUGAGGAUGUAUUUUAUUGCCGUCGUACACCUGAAAACGAAUCAAUACGUCUGCUGUACUGUUCUCAUGCUUUAAAUCAUUCACUUAGGUGUCAGACGCUUGUAUCGAAGAAUAAUGAAAAAGAAAAACAAUUUGGUGCAUCUGAUUCUUUACGAGAUCAAGGAUUUCACCGGGCACGUACUCUUAUUUUAGCACCAACUAAAGAAGCGGCUAGGCGAAUAGUUCAUACAUUUUUCCAUUUAAUGCCUAAAGGCUCCACAGUAAGUCACCGACGACGUUUUGAACGAGAUUUUGGUCCACAACCUGGAGAUACCGACAAAGAGAAGAAAAAGGGUAGAAAACCUAAAGAUUAUGAAGAAUGGUUCAGUGGUAAUUCAAGUGACAAUUUUCGUAUUGGUAUGGCAUUUUCUAAAAAGUCCGUAAAAUUGUAUUCUGCAUUCCGUGAUUCCGAUAUAAUUCUAGCUUCUCCUUUGGGAAUUAAAACUGUUCUCGAUGAUGAAGUAGAGAAAGAAGCUGAUAUUCAAUAUAUCAUAGCAUCUAUCGAAUUGUUGAUUAUCGAUCAAGCUGAAGUGUUAUUAAUGCAAAAUUGGGCUACUGUACAACAGAUUGUCUCUUUACUCAAUCAACGUCCAACUGUUCCUGUGUUUGCAUCAGCUGCACGUAUUCGAUUAUGUUACUUAGCUGGUUAUGGUAAACGUUAUCGUCAAACUCUACUAUUCUCUGCCGUAUCAAAUUUUUUGAUCACAUUAUUAUCAGGUGAAUGUGAAAAUUUUCAAGGCAUGAAUUAUAUACCACCAUUAUCAUAUUACCCUGAUUUGUAUCCAACAUUUUUACCCGAUUGGGUACGUGUUCCUGGACUGAAAGCAUCUAUUCGAACUGGACAGAAACGUCAACAUUCAGAUAUGAAUGAUAUAAAGGAAGAAGAUAAAUCAUUAACAAAUUAUAACUUCAAGUUACAUUUAAUUUCAUUUGUAGUUCCUGGACAAAUUUCUGUUAAAUCAUCUUGUACAAAAUUGGUCAGUGAAAAUAAUCAAUCAGAUUCAGACGAUGAGACAGAAAUAUCACCUAAGACGACAACUGAUAAUUCUCUUCAUUGCCUUUCUAAUUCCUUAAAAAUAGAUUCAUCAACAAAUUCACUAUUAUUAUCUACUAAAACACUUGGAUUCACUGAUUACGCAUAUUUAUCAGGACGUAAUGUUUCUAUAGCUCGAUUAAAUGCCUUUAAACAACGAAUAUUACCUAGGCUACGUCGAGGUUCAGAUCCUCGUGUUCUUAUAUAUGUGCCAGAUUUCUACGAUCUUGAAGAAUUGCGCCAACUUUUAAUUGCUGAAUCUUUGGAUUUUUGUUGUAUUAAUGAAUAUACAGAAGACUCAGAAGCUGAACGAUUUCGUACCUUGUUUGGUGAUGGUCGUAUUCGUAUUUUGUUAAUAACUGAGCGCUAUUACUUCUUUCGAAGGCGAAAAAUUCGUGGUCCUCAAACAUUUAUUUUUUAUGGUCCACCAACAUUUCCAUGGUUUGUCAAGGAAUUAUACGAUUUCCGACAUUCAGAAAGCGAAAUACAAUACAAUAUGACUAUACUCUAUUGUCAUCCGAUAGAAACUCAUACUGUAUCUAUGAUAACUGGUUCAGUAGAAUUUUAAUAAUAAUGAUACUUUCAUGUGUAAAUUGUUUGUUUUACUUCAGAACAUUUAACCAUGAGUAAACUGAUUGUAUUCGUUUUGAUGAAUCUAUUUUUAUAAGUUCAUGAGUAUGUAAGGUAUAUCGUUUCAGAAUAAAAGAUCGUUUUACCGUUUGCUUUUAAGCUAUAUAUAUAUAUAAUAUACAUUGAGGCGGAGGUAUUGUUAUAUCUUACGAGAUUCAUUUCUUUCCAGCUUAUGAGUAACACAUUUCCACACUUUAAUAACAAUCCAACUAUAGUUUACAACCUAUUGUAAGAAGGUAAAUCUUCAUAAUGUACAAUAUUUCUCUUCUAAAGUAUGUAAAUCUGUUGUAUGUCUAAGUGGAAAACGCAUUCAACUGUCAAUGUGUCAAGUGGUAUUCUUCUUUCAAUCAUCCAUAUUGAAUUUCAUAGAUUUUUAUUAUUAGCCUUUGUCUUUGGUAGUAUGUGUACUUAUAAAUAUUCAAAACUCA